GUUAUCCAAAUUAGACGAGCAAAUGAAGCACCAAAAUUUUUAUCUAAAAAUUAUUAUUUUAUCAUGCGACUAUUUAUACUAGUAUCUCACACCAAACUACCUCAUUUUUCUCCAGUAAACUACUACUGAAGUCGUUACCUGCCUGUGUUUACAUCUGCUAGUCCGCAGUCAGAAAAACCGUGUUUGCUUCUCUCUCUUCUUUGUCACAAGCACUUCAAGAAUGAGAACCAAAUCUAUAGUUGAAGCGGUUUUCUUCCUGCUAUUGAUCCUUACGACGUCUCUUGGCUUCCAGUCGGACGAACUUCUCGUCGACGAUGAAGAGUUUGGUCUCGAAGGUGGUGGAAUCCGAUCCCAAUCCCGUUCCGAUCCCAAUAACGUCAACGCAGCAACACCUUCUUCCGUUCAGUCAACCCGGAAGAGGUCUGUCCCCGAUUCAGAUUCAAAGAUCCAGUUCCCUCUGGAGCAUGCCUUCGGUGAUUCCGAUUUCUCCCCUGCCGGCACCUUCACUGCUCGCCUCAAAUCUUCUUCUCAUGGUUCCCAGAUGCAAACGCUGACAAAGCUUCGCUUCUCCAGAAAUGCUUUUACUGAAACAGAGAAGGAGGGUUUCAAAAAACUCUUGAAAGGUGAUGACUUUUACAGAAUAAGAGUACCAUCCAAUGUAUUGAACCUUUCUGGCAGAGAAUACGUUGUUUCUUCAGUGAAAGCAAGGUGUCUUCCUCGGGAUGGUUUGGAGGAGCACUUUGUCAUACAUAUGGAUGGUGUGAAUAUUUUGGCUAUUAAUUAUGGUUCCCCUGGUGCAUGCCAGUACCCUCGUCAAUUGAAGUUUCAUGCAAAAUGGUCCUUUAACUCACAUACAGUCCUAAAACCUACUGAGCAGGCACCCAGAACACCAAUAUUUUCAGAAGCUGUUGUUGAAGAGAAUGCAGAGGGCGAAGAAGUGCAGCCUCCAGAGAGAUCUUUCUGGGCUAAAUAUUGGAUGUAUUUGAUCCCUCUCGGACUCAUUGUUAUGAACGCUAUGACCCAAGCUAUGAACAUGGCUGAAGAACAAACUAGUGGGCAAGCAGGGGUUCAAGGACAACAGGCAAUUGGUGCUCAACGUGCACAAAGUACUGUGGUACGAAGAAGAUGAUAGAAUCUGAACCCAGGUCUCGAAAACUUCCUGGUUGCCUUCUUCCAGAGGAUGCGGCCUCCUCAUCAAUAUAAAUUGUAUUAACCCUUCUUAGGUGUCUACACAUAAUGUACAAGUAGUUUUGAGUAUAUUAUAUUACACCAAAAUUUUAAUCAUGAAGUAUUUUUUUCAA